AUGUUUCGUACUCUUCGUAAUCAUUGGAAAAAGUCUUUAUUUGCUUUUUGUGCUUUAACUUAUGGUACUAAAUGGUCAUAUGAUCGUUAUCAAGCAAAUCAAAUUCGUCAAUUUUAUUGUCAACAAGCAUCUUUAUUAGGUUCUCAAAAUUUCCCACCAAUGACUCGUCUAACUCGUAUUGCUGUUUUACUUAAUGGUAAAGCAAAUAAUGGUAAAGCUAAAUCAAUUUAUGAUAAAACAAUAUUUCCAUUAUUACAUUUAAUUGGUCUUGAUGUACGUGUUUAUCGUUUGGAUGCAAUAACAGAUUCAAAUGGUUUAAAUGAAUUAUUAACAAAUAAAAUUGAACCAAAUGAAUUAAGUGCAUUAAUGAUUAUUGGUGGUGAUGGAACAUUAAGUGAAUUAGCACCGUAUUUUCUUCAAUCAAAUACUUUACAAAAUUUACCUAUUUGUAUUGUACCAAUAGGUGAAUAUGUAUCAUUUGCACGUAGUUUAUUUCCAUUGACAAAUAAAAAAAAAAUUCAUGAUGAUAUUGUUCUACUUUGUGAAUCAGUAUUUGCUUUAUUUAAUGGAAAAAUUGUUCAAAAACCUUUAUUAAAAAUUACAAUGUCAAAUAAUAAUGAAAAACCAAUGUAA